AACACUGUCAAACUGACAAUUUUCAUUAAAAAACCCCAAAAAAAAAAUGUCAUGAAAAAAUGCAAAAAAAUAUGAUAAAAGAAAAAAUCUAAAUAAAAAAAUUCUAUAAAAAGAUGCGCGAUUCGAAAUGUGACUUGUUGAUAAAGCCGCGUGUAUCUAACCACAUAUCGAAAUGUGAGUUCAAGUCUGCUACAAGUUUGGAAGCGAAAGCAUCUUCUAUUAUAAGCAGUUGUAGGAUCUGCCUGUCUUCGUUGCUGGACCCUGCGGUACUGACAUGCGGCCACAGGUUCUGCGAGAAGUGCCUCAACCAGUACUGGCGUAUUCGGGACAAGCCGGACUACAUCGUGUGUCCGCUAUGCCGUGCUUGCGCCUUCAAUGUUGAUUUCGCUAAGAAAGAAGAAAGAGCAUCAACAGAAGACUUCAGAAAGAUGUUCACGGAGAUGUCAAACAUCAGUGAUUAUAAUAUGAACAAUGCAAUUAUACUAUGUCUGAAGCUAAGUGUGCUGAUGCCCGCAUUCUAUUGGGUGGCGAAGUGGCUCAAAAUGCCUCUACUAGACCUCUUCACCAACAUACAUCACAAAUUGAUAAGUAAACCGUGAAUAUUAUAUUAUGUACUUGUAACCUUGGUUCAUAAUUUAUAUGCUGAAUAAGCUAAUGUAACUAACUUUCCUAUUUCAUGUUCUAUAAAGAUGUCAAAAGUGUAUGUACUUGUUAGUGCAAUACUGAAACUGAUUACAUACACGCUUUAUGAAA